ACGUUGCAAUAUGGGGUGCCGCCCACCGAUUUGGAGGUUUACAAGUUCGGUUUUCCUUUCCUCUGCGUCUAAUUAUAUAUAAAAUUUCCAGGUGGGAGCUUCCAGCCUCCAUUUACUCUCUCUCAAAUUUGUCUUCCUCUUUCUGAAAAAUUCUCUCUGAAUGUCGGAACCUAAGACCAAGAUCGAAUCCCUAAGGGAGUGGGCGCUCCAGCAUAAGCUCCGAGCUGUUGGGGCUGUGUGGCUUACUGGAAUAGCCAGUUCGGUAGCUUACAACUGGUCAAGUCCCAAGAAACUUCAAGUGAAGAUGAUUCAUGCCAGGAUGAAUGCACAGGCUAUCACGCUGGCUGCAUUAUUUGGUAGUGCUGUUGUUGAAUACUAUGACCAUAAAACUGGUAAAAAGGCUGACAAAUACGCCAAGUAUGUGCACAUUGAGAACUUCCAAAGCAAGGAUUAAGUAAAUUUACCAUGUAACAUGCCAUGGUGGAGGUUUUGCUACUUUUCUGAACUGGGGAAUGUUAUCUACAACCAAUGUUUUCCUUGGUUGUACUGGCUUAGUUAGUUUGGUGUAACUUUGAUAACCAUUUUGCUUACAUUGAGGCAGUCAGGCUAUUGAUUACUUGAAAGCUGUCAAUUUUUUAUACAGAAUAAUUCAUAUCUCUGCUGUAAUUGAUACUUCCUUACCUUUUUUUUUAUUUUUUCUGUUUCUACUGGUUGGGUCGUUUA